UAGGAGCCUGGUACUGAGGUGCUUGGUUACAUAGUUUGAAGACAACAAGAAAUCUAAACGGGCAAAACUGACAAAGUUGGACCUCCUCGAAAAUACUCCCUUUAGCCAUUAAACUAACUAAAACAUGGCUAGCAACGAUAAGGAGUUCCGAAUGACCAAAGAGGAGGUGGAUAAGUUAGAAAAAGCAAUGAAAAAUGAGGAAUUUCGCAAGUUGCUUGUGGAGUAUGCUCAAGAAAUAUCAGAUCCUGAGAACAAAAAGAGAUAUGAAGAAGAAAUAAGACAAAUGGAAAAUGAACGAGGAAUGGAUGUCAUGUUUGUAAAUCCUGAGGAAGGAUUUGUUGUGAAGACAACCAGAGAAACAGAUGGAAUAAAGGCAUUUGUAAAUAUAUGCUAUAAUCAGCAUAUUGAGAAGGCAACUUUCCGCAUGGCUGAGAAAGGAGAUGGCACUGAAAGGAAAAAAGGCCAACAGUGGAGCAUCCCCUAUAGCUUGGCUCAACCAAGAGAUGACUUUGAUAGAGCUGGAAAGAAAUGUGUCACUUUUGAUGUAGUUUUCCAUCCUGAUACAUACAAAAAAUGUACCAAGAUGCCUCAAUUCAAGAAAAUGGUGAUAGAAACAGCAUUGGAAGGAAUAGAGAGACAGUUGAAUAUCAAGCUUAACAAGAAAAAUUUGAAAUUCCCCAAAAUGAAGUUCAAGGGCAUGAAACAAGCAACUGUUAUUAGGAACAAGUCAAAUGAGAAUAGUUUCAAGAAACCCAAUGAAGGCAUCACUAUUGGUGACAAGACCAUUCCAUAUCCCUAUGCUGAUCAACCAACUUGUGCAAACAAGCAGGCACACAAGAGCAGAACCCCAGGGCAGAAUACGAGCAAAGUCAAAGAUAAUAAUGCAGAUACAAGGGACCCUAGAAAUCCCGAAUAUACCAUACUCCAUCGCGGCAUUAUAGACUUCCAGAACUUUACAAAUGCAAGAGACUCUUGUACCAGCACUCGGCCUAAAGAGCUUGUCAUAAGAAUCGAUCUUCCUGAUUUGAAAUCAGCAGGUAGCGUGGAGUUGGAUAUCUUUGAGAAGCAGCUGCUAUUAAACAAUGAGGUUCCACCCUACCACCUUGAUAUUACUCUGCCCUACCCUAUCGAUGAAAACAAAGGGUCUGCCAAAUUUGACAAGAGCAAACAGCAGCUCGUGGUGACUCUACUAGUCCUACCGCCUCCUCCACCACCCCAGGUAACAACCUUCCCUGACCCAGCCGAUGAAGAAGCAGGACAGGGGGAUGCGGCGCAGCAAGACCCAGAGGGGUCAUCACAGGCGCAAGAGACAGAUGGGAAGGGACAGACUGGUAAACGUGUGCAAGAGGACGGCCUCUUUUUAGAAAACGAGCAUGGCCCAGACAAUGGCAACCUCAGUCCUCCAAACUCUUCAACGGAGUCUGAAGUCACAAUAGACAAUGCACAUAUAGAAACCAAGCAAGACAUUUCCCCAGUUGACGGAAAUCCUGGAAGUACAAGCAAUGACCUAGAAAAAGAUGCCUCAGUCGCAGAUAAUUCAAGUGAAGACAAAAUGGAGGCACAUGAAAACAUGCAGGGUGUGAAUGAUGCUGCUGAUGAAAACAUGCAGGAUGUGAAUGAUGCUGCUGAUGAUAACAUGCAGGGUGUGAAUGAUGCUGCUGAUGAAAACAUGCAGGGUGUGAAUGAUGCUGCUGAUGAAAACGUGCUAGGUGUGAAUGAUGUUGAUGACGCCCAGGCUGUCAAUCACGCGAGUGGCAUAAACUUUGAACUACCAGAUUUGUCUUUCCCGUUCUUCAAGUGUCCCUCCUACUCAUAUCACCAGGACGAUGACACUAUUACCUUCGUCAUCCACGAGUCGGGCGUCACCCUCAAUAACGUCUCCCUGGGUUUCCUUGAAAACAUGUGUUACAUCAGCUUUCCUUCUGUGAUCACCCCUCAUGGUCAGCCCGGCCAAGACUUCGCUCUCUAUGUCACUUUCAACGAGGGUCAAAACCUUGACCCAGACCUCUGCGAUAUCAAUGUGGCCGAGAACAGUCUGGUGCUUACCCUGCAAAAGGAUGAUUCCUGCAAAGGACUCUGGGAUACGUUUAAGGCGGGACCAAGUGAAGAAAAUCUAGAGGAGAGGUACUUUGUGACCGAGAGUAAUUUAGAGGCCAUGAUGGAGGAGAUCGCUGCACAGGAUCCUUGGGCCAAGCAGUCUAGCUUUACCACGGAUCUGGAAGUGACUGCUUUCUCAGAAGAGAGCUUGAGUGUUAAGCUCGAGAGUAAGCCUCUAGGAGCACAGAUAGAACCACCGCCAGACGGCCACGUGGUACCACAACAGGGCAUGCCACUGGUGACGGAACGAGAACUCGGCAAUCUCACUUCCAAGCUUCAGGAUUCCUCUCUCGCCAGUCCCGAUGAAGGGGUUGUGUCAGACAUCAGCGCAAAAGGCAAGAAGGUCGCGUUUUCUUCAAGUCUCGCGCAAAGUCUGAUCACGGAGGAUGAAAACAGGGAGCAAAGCAAUUCCAAAAUGUGUCGCUCCGAUAGUGUCGACUCCGCCUCGUCUGACCGAUCGGAUAGCGACAUCUACACGAAUGGUGUCCGGAUGAGAAAGUCGUGUCUCCGACGCACGUCGAGCACGUGUUCGGAAGACUCGGAGGAAUUCGACUACUCCGGUCCGCUCUCUCCUGAAUCUCCUGGUAAGAAAAACGUGCGCUUCAACCUUAAUCACAAUGUAAGAGUUUUCAGCAAUAAGAAGGAUAAGAAGAGGUGGAAGAUGGGACAGCGGUUGAAAGAGCAGAAAGAAGGCCGUGGAGUGGGUUCUGUCUCGCCGAGCGGAAGUGUUUCAUCAAACGGCUCUAUACCGGAAAGCGGUGAAGGAGUGAAACCCAAAGUCAACGGAAAAAGCAGAAAGGACAGUGAGUCUAGCGCGGACGAGGAAUGGACUUGUAAACAAACCAGUUCUUCACUCAGCAACACCUUGAUUUUCGAGCUAGACGAUUGAAAGGGAGGGGGGGGGGGGUGGCUAGCCACGUUUAAAAAAGUCGGGUAGGGAUGUUUAUAUGUAAAUUAAUAGGACUAGAUCGGUGAAAGUCCCCACAAUAAGUUCGUGCAGUGAAGGAUGGUAUAAUCCUCUAAGACCGAGUGCUCCCCCUCGACUCCCUGCGCUACACCCCGCAUCUGCUGUUGGGCCUUGGCUGUUUGUGGUUGGCCUGUUGAAGAAAAGCCUACUCCUCUCUAGAGACAGGAGUAGUAUUUUCCCACCGAAUACACGUUAACACUUUUUCAGGAGAAUAACCCAAUAACAUCCCUACCGAGACGGGGUAAUUGCCAUGGCAUGGUAAACUAGAGUUAAGUAUCUUGUUAUUGUGGUAUCUAAAAGUAACUUCAAUUUGGAACGUGGGUUCAUGGUGUGGAAUUAAUAAAGUGCAUUGUUCGAGGAAA